CCAACAAAUGGAAUUUUUUCCAUGGCAAACAAUGUAUCAUUGCAAGGAAAUAAAAAACUUUGCGGUGGUAUACCUGAGCUAAAGCUACCUCCAUGUCUGUGAAGAAAACAAAACAUAGAAAGCAUCCAAAGCUUAUGGUUGUUGUCUUCGCAUGUGUCAGCGUGUCUCUAAUUUUUGCAUCAUUCCUUGCUUUUCUAAUACUGCAUUAUUGCAAGAAGAAUGACAAAAGCAAGGAGUUCUCUGAGCAGUCCACCAAUUUAAAGCUUUCCAAGAUCUCUUACACUUAUUUGCACCAAGCAACUGAAGGCUUCAAUGAAACACAUUUGAUUGGUUCCGGAAGUUUUGGCUCAGUUUACAAAGGAAGGUUUCAGCAAGGUGGGGAACAAAUAGUUGCAGUGAAGGUACUUGAUCUCCUAAAGAAUGGUGCUUCAAAGAGUUUUCUUGCUGAGUGUAAAGUCCUAAGGAACAUACGCCAUCGGAAUCUUGUUCCAAUUUUGACAUGUUGCUCAAGCUGUGAUUUCAUGGGUAAUGAAUUCAAAGCUCUAGUUUAUGAGUUUAUGGAGAAUGGGGAUCUUGACACGUGGUUACAUCCACAUUCAGAUGGUGAAAGGACUAAUGUUUUGAGUGUUCUUCAAAGAUUAAACAUUACAAUUGAUGUUGCUUCGGCAUUGGAUUAUCUCCACAAUGAUUGUGAACCCCCUGUUAUUCAUUGUGAUCUAAAGCCCAGUAACAUUCUUCUUGACAAAGAUUUCACCGCUCAUGUUGGAGAUUUUGGGUUAUCAAGACUUUAUUCACUUACAAUAGGAGAUUCACCAGGAAAGAGUAGUACACUCGAAUUAAAGGGGUCCAUUGGCUAUAUUGCACCAGCAUUGCCAGAUGAAGUGAUGAAGAUUGUAGACCCAUUGCUUCUAGCAUGCCAAGAAAGCAACAACCAUGGAAUAAGAUGUAAAGAAGAAUUGAAAAAUCCUAGCAAGUUGGUGGAAAUUGAAGAGAGAAAGAUGGAUGAUUUCUUCAUCUCCGUGUUCAAAAUUGGACUCUGUUGUGCUUGUAGAUCACCAAUGGAGCGUGGAAACAUGAAAGAUGUCAGCAGAGAGUUACAGAAGAUUAGAAAGGCCUUCUUUGUUUAAGGAAUGAACUUUAUUAUGCAUGCAUGGUAGUUUAAGGCAAAUCAUAUACUUUGUGUU